GAUGCCACAAGAAAAUGUUGAAGAGGAAGAAGACCUCCAAGGGCAAGCAAAAAAUACAGUUGCAGAAGAUAGCGGACAAGAAUGCUCUCUUCAUCAGCUUCUCCAAGAGGAAGAAUGGAGUUUUCACCAAGGCUAGCGAUCUCUCCACUCUGUGCGGCACCGACGUGGCCGUGGUCGUCUUUUCCCCCACCGGCAGACCGUUCUCCUUCGGUAGCCCCGCCGUGGACCCGAUCAUGGAUCGCUUUCUGUUGGGAGGUCUGUUCCCGUCGUUCGGUUCGCAGGAGGAGCAAAUCUAUCGGAGGAAAUUGGUCCAUGAAAAGAACGGGCAAGUCAUGGACCUGAGCCGCCAGGUCGAGGCCGAGAGGGCCAGGAAGGCGGAGCUCGAGGCGCAGCUCAAGGUCGCAAUCGAGGGCUUGGAGUGGCUGGAGGACCUGGACAAAAUCAGCCUACCGCAGCUGGAUGAGCUCGUGGAGUCACUCGAGCUACUAAAGACUCGGGCCCAGAGCCGAUUCAAGCAGAUGGCGUCCAACGUACCCUCCGACGCAGGUACGAUGGCCGGUCAUGCAGGUACUUCCGGGUCGGGAGGGACUAUGGCCAUCGAUACAGCAGCGGGAGGUGUUCGGCCGAUGAUGAAUCCCAUGUUGCCCGCCAGGGGGUUCGCGACCGAUCCGGGCCCCUCUUCGUCUAACCAAGUAACGAUCGUCGAUCAUGCGGGUGCUUCCGGCUCCGGUGGGAUGAUGAUGAUGGGUGAUCCGAGAUGGCAAGGCUUCCAAGCCAUGCUGAACUUUGGUUUGCCCAUCACGGAUUACUACAUGGAUACGAGGGCGUCUUCCUCUAAUGCAUUCACGGUCGCCGGUCUACCCGGUGCUUCCGGCUCGGCCGGGUUCGGGGCUAUCGAUUCCGGAUGGCCACCGAUUCAAGCCAUAUUGAACCCGGUUCUGCCGCCCAACUCUCUUCGGAUGGUGAACCCCUACGAACCGGUUGUUCAACAGCCGAACCCGCCACCCGUGGAGCAGAUGGAUUUCAAGAACAUCAAUUAUAUGUACAAUCACUUUUAGUCUUGUCAUCGUACUAGUAGUAGUAGUAGUA